CCACCCCCACCCCCUCCCUCCGGUGUGAGUGUGCCGCCGCCGCCGCUGUUGCUGCUGCCGCUGCCGCCGCCGCUGCUCGUCCCGUCGUUACACCAACCCCAAGAAGGCGGCUCUUUGUUUCCUCUCUUGGAUCUGUUGAGUUUCUUUGUUGAAGAAGCCAGCAUGGGUGCCCAGUUCUCCAAGACCGCAGCGAAGGGAGAAGCCGCCGCGGAGAGGCCCGGGGAGGCGGCUGUGGCCUCGUCGCCUUCCAAAGCCAAUGGGCAGGAGAACGGCCACGUCAAAGUGAACGGGGACGCAUCGCCCGCGGCCGCCGAGCCGGGCGCCAAGGAGGAACUGCAAGCCAACGGCAGCGCCCCGGCCGCCGACAAGGAGGAGCCCGCGGCCGGUGGCGCCGCGUCCCCCUCCGCGGCCGACAAAGACGAGGCGGCCGCGGCCCCCGAGCCGGGUGCAGGCGCCGCCGAGAAGGAAGCCGCCGAGGCCGAGCCCGCCGAGCCCGGGUCCCCCGCCGCCGCCGAGGCCGAGGCCGCGUCCGCCUCCUCCACGUCGUCGCCCAAGGCGGAGGACGGGGCCGCGCCUUCGCCCAGCAGCGAGACCCCGAAAAAAAAAAAGAAGCGCUUCUCCUUCAAGAAAUCCUUCAAGCUGAGCGGCUUCUUCAAGAAGAACAAGAAGGAGGCGGGCGAGGGCGCUGAGGCCGAGGGCGCCACCGCCGACGGCGCCAAGGACGAGGCGGCUGCAGCGGCCGGCGAGGCCAGCGCCGCCCCGGGAGAGCAGGCGGGCGGGUCGGGCGCCGAGGGCGCGGCGGGCGGAGAGGCGCGCGAGGCCGAGGCGGCGGAGGCCGAGCAGCAGCAGCAGCAGCAGCAGCCGGAGCAGCAGCAGCCCGAGCAGCCGGCGACCCAGGAGCCCCCGGCCGAGGAGCCGUCGGAGGCGGCGGCGGGGGAGAAGGCCAGCGAGGAGCCCGCGCCCAGCGCCAGCGCCGCCUCCGCGGGCGACGCGCCCUCCUCCGCCGCGGGGCCGGAGCAGGAGGGGCCGGCCGAGGAAGCCGCCGCGGCGUCCGCCGUCCCCACCGCGUCGCCGGAGCCGCAGCCCGAGUGCAGUCCGGAGGCUCCCCCCGCGUCCGCCGCCGAGUAAGCGGACGAGCGCUCUUACGUCAUCGGAGAACUUUUUCCCCUCGUUUGUUUGUUGGAGUGGUGCCAGGUACUGGUUUUGGCGAACUUGUCUACAACCAGGGAUUG